AUGCGCUAUGACAAUCCGCGAGUCCUGCUCUGUGCUCACAUGCGCCAUUUGAUUUCUUGCCCGGCCGCCAUUAAAUCUUCAGCUGGGGAAAUCAAACGAUUGCUGGGCGUGCUCAACCAAGCGCGGCGGGCGUUCGUCUCAUUGGAGCGACCGGUCGAGGCGUGGGAUGAUUGGUUCGUCCACUUGCUCGUUAGCAAGUGGGACGCCACGACACGGAUGUACUGGGAGACGUCACUCUUGGACUCGCGCGACUUUCCGACGUUUCGGCAAUUACAGGUCUACCUAGAGAACCGGGUGCGCGCUCUGGAGGCGGCUAGGGUGGACGCCCCCCUUCCGCGAGGAGGACCGGGUGCGGGUGCGAAGUCCGCAGCUAAGGCCACGCGCGUUGCAUGCAACACAACCGUGACUCCGAAAACAAAGGCGAAGACGUGCUCUCUCUGCUCGGGUGCGCACGCACUGACGUUCUGUCCCAAAUACAAGGCAUUGCCUGUUGCUCAACGCGCAGAACAGGUGAAAAAACUUGGCGCGUGUUUGAACUGCGUGAAACCUGGGCAUCGGGCGGAUUCUUGCCCGGCCAGGGGUCGUUGCUUGGUGUGUGGCGCGAAUCACCACACUACCCUGCAUGGGCUUGGUUUCGGGCAGUCCGGAGGCACCACCAGGGACCAACCACGAGGGACGGAGGACUGUCGCCGACGCUAA